AUGACCAUGUUGAGCAUGAAAGCGCAGGUGGAUGUGGUCUGCUGUAAAUCAGUAGGAACUGAUCUGUCCAUGCUGGAUAUUGAGGAUUUCAUCACAGAAAUCUGUCAGCUGAAGAAAGAGGUGGCUUCACUGGAGGCAAAGCUGAGAGAAAGAGGAGACAAACUGAACAGAGAGGAUGUGGAGCAGGUUUGGGUGCGUGAGACUGAUGGGACAGAAGCUCAGGAUUCAGUCUGGAGCGUCAGAGAUCAGAGAUCCAGAGACACACAGGACUCAGAGCUCAGCCUCACUUUACUCUGUUAUACUGACGCUCAGGAUCAUGAAUCCACUGAUCAAACCUCUGACUGUAACGCUGGAGAACAGCAGAUGCUGCAGACGCCGCUGAAGAUGUGCUCCGUCAAACUGGUGGACUGCAGGAACCUGAUCGAGAGCAGAGGAGAAGAAACCACCGCAGAGAAACAACAACAACACACUGAUGAGGAAGAGGAGGAGGAGGAGAAUAAUGGGGAGGAUGAUGAAGAUGGUGAUGAUUGUGCUGAGAAUAAUGGGGAUGUUGACGAUGGUGACUUUGUUCCUUCAGAUAACAAUACUGGUUCAUCUUCUGAUGGAGAAACUGCAUCUACAUCCAAAGACCAAAAGACAAAGAAGAGUUGUGCAAAAACAUUCAGCAAACAGUGUAAUUUAACAAGACAUGCCAGAAAGAAAAAACACACCGAACAGAAUGACUUCAGCUGCAAGAUCUGUAACAUCAGUUUUCCGACCUUCAAAGAGAGAACCGUUCAUUCAAAAGAGCACAGCGUGAAGAAGGAGUUUCACUGUGAACAGUGCGGGAAGGAUUUCUUCACCACUCCUCAUAAUAUGAAAGCUCAUAUAAAGACACACGAAGAAAAGACUCUUCAGUGCAACGAAUGCAACAAGUAUUUCCGGAACAAACGAGAUCUUUCUGUUCAUAUGAGAAUUCACACGGGUGAGAAACCGUAUCAGUGCCCUAAAUGCGAGAAAAGUUUUAACCAGGGUACGCAUCUGAAGAACCAUUUACUCUUGCACACCAACGAGAGACCGCAUCAGUGCCCUCAAUGUGAGAAGAGCUUCACCCAGGGAUCUAGUCUGAAGACACAUCUACUCACACACAGCAAUGAGAGACCGUAUCAGUGCAGUGAAUGUGGGAAACCUUUUAUGAGCACAGCUUCUCUAAAGUUACACCAUAAAAUACACUCUGAAGACAAACCGUAUCAGUGUUCACACUGUGAGAAACGUUUCCGUCUUUCGAGUCUCAUGAAAACCCAUGAGAGGAUUCACACCGGAGAGAAACCGUACCUGUGCUCCGACUGCGGGAAGAGCUUCGCGAGAUCAUUUGCUCUCAAAAUUCAUCAGAGAAGUCACACAGGAGAAAGACCGUAUCCCUGUAGUGAUUGUGGGAAGGGUUUUAUUAACGCAAAUGACUUAAAAGUGCACCGGAGGACUCAUACGGGAGAAAAACCUUUUAAAUGCUCAUAUUGUGACAAGACUUUCAUCCGAGGAUGUGUCAAAAAUGUCCAUGAACGAAUACAUACAGGAGAGAAACCUUACUGCUGCUCCAUCUGCGGAGAGAGAUUUGCUUUUAAAUGGGUUUUUCAGACCCACAAGAAGAAACACGCUGCUCCAGAAUCAUCAUAUUCAGCGGGAAAACCAGUGAAGAAAGAAACGAGACUAGCCCGGAGCUCUCGGAGGAUGUUGAGCAUGAAAGCGCAGGUGGAUGUGGUCUGCUGUAAAUCAGUAGGAACUGAUCUGUCCAUGCUGGAUAUUGAGGAUUUCAUCACAGAAAUCUGUCACCUGAAGAAAGAGGUGGCUUCACUGGAGGCAAAGCUGAGAGAAAGAGGAGACAAACUGAACAGAGAGAUGUUGAGCAUGAAAGCGCAGGUGGAUGUGGUCUGCUGUAAAUCAGUAGGAACUGAUCUGUCCAUGCUGGAUAUUGAGGAUUUCAUCACAGAAAUCUGUCAGCUGAAGAAAGAGGUGGCUUCACUGGAGGCAAAGCUGAGAGAAAGAGGAGACAAACUGAACAGAGAGGAUGUGGAGCAGGUUUGGGUGCGUGAGACUGAUGGGACAGAAGCUCAGGAUUCAGUCUGGAGCGUCAGAGAUCAGAGAUCCAGAGACACACAGGACUCAGAGCUCAGCCUCACUUUACUCUGUUAUACUGACGCUCAGGAUCAUGAAUCCACUGAUCAAACCUCUGACUGUAACGCUGGAGAACAGCAGAUGCUGCAGACGCCGCUGAAGAUGUGCUCCGUCAAACUGGUGGACUGCAGGAACCUGAUCGAGAUUUUGUUCCUUUCAGAUGUCAAUGGUGGCUCAUCUUCUGAUGAAGAUGAAGAAACCGUCUCAACUUCAAAAGAGCAGCUGACGGCCAACAGUUUCUCCUGCAGCACCUGUGGAAAAACACUGAGUUCAGAGGGUCAUUUAAAGAGACACGAGAGAACACACACAGAACAGAAAGACUACAGCUGUAAGAUAUGUAACAUCAGCUUUCCUACCGCAGAAGAGAGGAGACUUCAUUCAAAAGAGCACAGCGGGAAGGAGGAGUAUCACUGUGAACAGUGCGGGAAGGUUUUUUUCAAUCAUUCUAGACUAAAACUUCACUUGAAGACUCACGGUGAAAAGUCUUUCCACUGCAGUGAAUGUGACAAGUAUUUCAGCACCAAAGGAAAUCUUGAUGUUCAUAAGCGAAUCCACACGGGAGAAAGACCAUACAAGUGUCCUCACUGCGAGAAGAGCUUCAGUCAUGGAUCUCAUCUGAAGAGACAUGUGCGUGUUCACACCAAUGAGAGACCGUAUCAGUGCAGUGAAUGUGGGAAAACAUUUAGGCAGUUAUUUACUCUAAAUUCACACCAGAAAAUCCAUUCAGAUGAAAAACCGUUUCAGUGCAAACACUGCGACAAAGGAUUCCGUCAAAGAACACAUCUGAAUUGUCACGAGAGGACACACACCGGAGAGAAACCGUAUCUGUGCGCCCACUGCGGGAAGAGCUUUUCUGAUCCAACUCAUUUCAGGGAACAUAAGCGAGUCCACACUGGGGAAAAACCAUAUCACUGCAGCAUCUGUGGGAAGAGUUUCAAACAAAACACUAAUUUAAUAAUGCAUCAGAGGAUUCAUAGUGGAGAAAGACCGUUUAAAUGCUCACAGUGUGACAAGACGUUUGCUCGAUCAGACGUCCUUAAGGUCCAUCAGCGAGUUCAUACAAGAGAGAAACCUUACUCCUGCCCCAUCUGCGGCGAGAGAUUCGCUUAUUUAGGUAGUUUUCAGACCCACCAGAACAAACACGCCAAAGAACAAACUGCUCCAGAAUCAUCAGAGUGACUUUCAUCAGUCAAUCUGGGAAAGAAAAAACA